AUGAACAAAGUGCUGAUAAAAGCUUUCCUUCUCUGCAGCCUCAGUUGGAUCUCUGUCUCAGGUUCUGAGUCUCAGACUGUGGAGGUCCAGUCUGGUGAAGAUGUCACACUGAUGUGCUCCGGCAUGGACAAACAUGUUUCAGUCAGAUAUUGGCUUAAACUAGUCAAAGGAACCGACAUCCAAUGUGUCUCUACUAUGACCAGUUAUAACAGUGAAGUGACAUAUCAUGAUGGAUUCAGUAAUCAUACAUUCACUAUGUCGUCCAACACCUCUACUAUCUUUCUCAAAGUCCGUUCAGUGGAAUUAAACGACUCUGGAAUUUAUUACUGUGGAUUUAACAAAGAUGGACGUCCAUUUUUUACUACGAUACAUCUAAAGAUCAAAGGAAGCAACGAGGCAGAUGAAGACAUGGACAGAACGGACUGUAACCUUACAAAGUGUGAUGGAGCAGCGACUCUGGUGAGCAUGAUCCUGGGUGCUUUGACUCUUUUGCUUGUCAUGGUGGUCAUCGGUCUGGGUGCUAAAAUUAGGAAACUUCAGACAGCUGCUGAAGAAAGACAGAAUCCAGGACACACUGAGAAUGUGACCUCUGAUGAACUUAACUACGCAGCAGUGACAUUUCGAUCUAAAGCCAAAAGAAGAGGGCCGGAGCCAAAUGUCUUGUAUGCUGCUACCAGAUAGAGUGAGGAGGCAGCUGGACAUGAUCUUGUAUCAUACAUUAUUACAAUGCUUUGAGCUUUUGCAUGGCUUGAUGGUGAGAGUUAGUUGAAUUAUCAUCUUAAUAUUGCUUUUACUUACUAUUUACUUUUGCUGAAUCAACACUGUCUGUGGCUCCCUGCAUCUCUUUUGUGAUGUGUUUUAGAAAUUCCUACAUGUCAUCAUGUGAUGCUUUAGGUAGAUGUUCUUUUUUAAAUGACUCAUUUUUAUGUGCUGUACUGAAGUUGGUUUUGACAUCGUUCAUCACUUAUAUUGUGUUUGUAUGCUCUCAGUGCAAGGCAAAUUCCUCUAGGGGCAAUAA